AUGGCACUGCGCACCGGGAGGACUUGGUUUGGGCAGGUCUUGCGCAGGGUCUCUCGGCUGCAGGGCUCCUGGUCCCGGCGAUCGAGCAGUCUCUUGUGUCUCUCCGCGAACCAGGAGCAGGAUCUCGGGGUUUGUCGCCUGGGUCACCACAAGGCGGUGGAUUUCCAACGCUGCCCCGACUCCGGCGUCCACCGCGGCCACCGUCACCGGAGCGCACCUUUCUGCGCCUCCGCCUCCAGGCGCUGUCCACACGGCUUUCCCCACGCUUGCUGCGCCUUCCCGAGGUAUCCGAGGGGACAUGAGCCCCUCGGUCGCCGGUUCCUGUUGGCCAUGAAGCGGCAAAACGUGCGGACCUUGUCCCUGAUCAUUUGCACGUUUACCUACCUGCUCGUCGGGGCCGCCGUCUUUGACGCCCUGGAGUCCGACUUCGAGAUGCGGGAGAAAGAGCAGCUGGAAGCCGAGGAGAAGCGUCUCCAGGGCAAGUACAACAUCAGCGAGGAUGAUUACCGCAAACUGGAGAGUAUCAUCAUGGAGGCAGAGCCCCACAGAGCCGGGGUGCAGUGGAAAUUCGCAGGGUCAUUUUACUUUGCCAUCACGGUCAUAACCACCAUAGGUUAUGGGCACGCAGCGCCGGGGACCGACGCAGGGAAGGCCUUUUGCAUGUUUUAUGCCGUUCUGGGAAUCCCUUUGACCCUUGUCAUGUUCCAAAGUCUGGGUGAGAGGAUGAACACUUUUGUCAAGUACCUCCUGAAGCGUAUCAAGAAGUGCUGCGGCAUGAGCAUCACCGAUGUGUCCAUGGAGAACAUGGUGACUGUGGGAUUCUUCUCCUGCAUCGGCACGCUGUGCAUCGGGGCCGCUGCCUUCUCCCAUUACGAGGACUGGAGCUUCUUCCAGUCUUACUAUUACUGCUUCAUCACAUUAACAACUAUAGGCUUUGGGGACUUUGUGGCCCUCCAAAAGAACCGGGCCCUCCAGAAGAAGCCCCUGUAUGUGGCCUUUAGCUUCAUGUAUAUCCUGGUGGGCCUGACAGUCAUCGGGGCCUUCCUCAACCUGGUGGUGCUCCGCUUCCUGACUAUGAACAGCGAGGACGAGCGGCGAGAUGCAGAGGAACGGGCCUCGCUUGCCGGCAACCGGAACAGCAUGAUCAUCCACAUCCAAGAUGAGUCGCUGCAGCGUGGCCGGCGGCGACGUGAGCCGUACCGGGCAGAAGUGACUGAUUUGCAGUCAGUCUGCUCCUGCAUGCACUACCACUCGCAUGACUUCGGCAGCUCUGGGGAAGGGGUGGGAGGUCUGGGCUGUGCCUUCUCCCAUCAGAACUCAUUCAGCUCACAGCUGAACCCCAAUCAGUACUUUCACUCGGUUUCCUACAGGAUCGAGGAGAUCUCGCCCAGCACCUUGAAAAACAGCUUCUUCCCUUCGCCCAUCAGCUCAGUGUCUCCGGGCCUUCACAGCUUCACAGACAAUCACCAGCUCAUGAGGAGAAGGAAAUCUAUCUAA